UAUCGUACCACCUCAAACUCAAACCUUCUCUCUGUGUUUUUUUGGUCGCGGCUGUUUGUCUUGUCGCUUUAUUCCGUUCGUUUCGAUAAUAUAAUAUUAGUAUUAUAUUACAUUACUACUUAGCACAUAUAGUUAAAAGUGGAAUCGCGAACGUAACAACACUUCAACUACAAAAUUAGCGGCCGCGAAUUUGUGAUGACGUAGCCGUCUUUUUAGGGCGUAAAAAGCAAAGCAAAGCAAAAGCAAACAAACGCGAAAAGCGUAAAAGCGAUAAAAGCGACUUAAAUACGCAGCAGAUAAAAUACAAAAGGGAAAAACAAAUCACGAGAAUUCUUGCUAAUAUUCGGCAAAUUUUUGCAAGCGUGAGUGUUUGUGUGUGUUUGUGUGUGUUUAGUGGGUUAAAACAAAAAGGAAUCGAACGGUAAAUGCAGCGCCGCAAAAAUGUGCAGCCUGACGCUAAACAACAUGGUCAACGUAACGCAGCAGGACCUUCACGAUCUAUUGGAAACUUUCGAAAAAAAGUCCUUCGAGGCGGCGGCCUUUGAGGAAGGAACGUCGGAGUAUGACAUCUCCAAGAAAUGCGAAUACUUAUUUAAACUCGACUACAGCCUUAUCGAACUGGACAACACGAAUGGACUGCUCAGUCCGCGUUAUCCUGGCCGUAUACUCAUCCCGGAAUGCGAGCACGGGCACAUGGCCAAGACGCUGGUGCCAGGAAACGGUCUGUUUGGGCCAGUUGGCGGCGGAUUGGGUGGAGGAGGCUCCUCCGGAACCACGGCAACAGCCACGCCUCUGAACAGCAGUGCAGGAAGCACCGGAAGCGAGGGUGUGGGCAUCCAGGCUUUCGUGACUUUUGCCAAUCCCGUGCAGACGCAACAGCAACAUCCUCUCCAGCAGCAAUAUCCCACGCAGCAGCCACAUCCACUGCACCAGCAAUAUCCCUCCCAGCAGCCACAUCCUCUCCAGCAACAGCAGCAGAAUGCACAGCAGCAGCCGCAAAAUACCAUUUAUGAGGACCAGUACGACAUCCAGCGGAUGCGGGAGUUGGUUACCAUGGCCAAAUACGCGAGAUGCCGUCAAAGAUUCGCCGUGCCCGUGAUUAUGUACCGCGGAAAGUACAUCUGCCGUUCGGCAACUCUAUCCGUAAUGCCGGAAACCUACGGGCGAAAGGUAGUGGACUACGCCUACGACUGCCUGAGUGGGGGUAACUACACUGCGCCAAACGGGGAGGAGAAUGAUGCGGACUCCACGGACGAGUCGCUCAUCACGCACAUGCACGACCAGGCCCAGUCGCAGUUCAGCUACGACGAGGUCAUCAAGAGUGACAUCCAGCUGCUCCACACGCUCAACGUCUCCACCAUUGUGGACCUCAUGGUGGAAAACCGCAAGAUCAAAUACUUCAUGGCCGUUUCCUCAUCGGAGAAGGCGGAUCCAAACAAGCACUACAAGAGCUUUAACCUUCUAUCCCUGCCGUACCCGGGCUGUGAGUUCUUCAAAAAGUUCCGGGACAACAACUACAUGGCGCGCAACCUGCACUACAACUGGAAGCAGUCGUUCAACGAUGCGAACAUCAAUAUUCCAAAUCUGGGACCCGCUGCGGAUAUCGAUGUGGUGUGGCCGGAGUACCGCGACUGGGAUCUGGUGGCCAUCACACAGAACUACUUGAGAGCGACACUGAAAUACGUGCAGGAGGAGAGCUCCGGCCUGUUGAUCCACUGCAUCAGCGGCUGGGAUCGCACUCCGUUGUUUGUCUCUCUGGUAAGGCUGUCCCUGUGGGCAGAUGGACUCAUCCACCAGUCGCUGAACGCCAUGCAGAUGGCGUAUUUCACACUGGCCUACGAUUGGUACCUGUUUGGUCACCAACUGCCCGAUCGCCUCAAACGAGGCGAGGAUAUCAUGUUCUUUUGCUUCCAUGUGCUCAAGUUCAUCACGGACGAGGAGUACAGCAUUGUAGAGCAUCGGAAACGCACCAAGACAUCUAGCAGCAGCGGCAGCAGUGUCAUAGUGAUCAAAUCCGACUGCUGCGACGAUGAACCGCUCAAGGAAGACUACAUCCUGGCCUUCGAUCAAGAUAGCAACGACAGCUACUCAAACUGUUCCAACUGUGAUAUGUCCAUAACAGAUAACUUCUAUGCCACCACGCCAGCGCAAGUCAAUCCACUGACCAGCAGGUCACCCAAUCCGAAGAGAUCCAGAACCAGCCCCAUUUCAGUGCCAGGCUCGAAUACGCGGCAAAGGCAGGAGUCCACGUCCUCGAAUGGCAGCUGGCAGGUGGUCACAGAUACGGGCUCCAUUGAUUCCAUGAUGAAUGGCAGCUACAUGAUGCGAUUCGUGGCUCAACAGGCGGCGGACGGCGGUGGUGGCUCCUCGAACAUUCCUUUGUACAAUGGUGGCAAUGGCUACCACUGCACCACCAACACAGCAUCGAGUGGCAGUGGAAGUGGAAGUGGGAGCAGCAUCAGCAACGGCAGCUCAACGCACGGUUUUGCAAAUGGUUCCUCCAAAGACGUGGGCGGCAGCACUAUGGCCAGCAAGCAAUCCAUUAACUUACGAAAGCAACGUCUGAAUGCAGUGCGCGCCAUCUUCAUACAAGCCUACGGAAAGACGAUUGGACUGAAAUUCAAGGAAGGCUCCUCCAUGAACCUGGCCACGUUCAUUGGAAACCUGGCGGACCAACUGUUUUGAGGAAGCAGCAGCAGCUAUGCUCGAUCGUUAGUUUUUCAUCCACAUUGUUUGUUUGUUGUUAAGUGCUGCGCUGUCCCCCAACGACUGUAUUUCGUAUAGACCUGUUGAAUUGCGUUCUCUUGUGACUGUUGACGAUUGUGUAAUGUAAAGGAUAACUGAUUACUAAUAAGCAUCGAACGAAACCGGCGGCUCCUAGACAAAGUGCAUAGUACAACUCCUGUCGUCGUCCUGUCCUGGUUAACCCGCUCUCCAGUUCUCUAGAUUCUCCCGCUCCCGCUCCUUGUUUGUUUAGUUGUUAGUCUUUCGAGAAUGCAAAGCAAGCGAAUUAUAAUAUGCGAUUCGGAUUAUACAAUAGCCUUAAGUUGUAAUUUAUAGUAAUGUAUUUUUUAAUAAACUUAUGUGCAUUUGAUACGAAA